AGGCCAGGCCGGGGUCUCUCUCCUACGUUCCUCCUCAAGCCAAAGCCAAAGCCAAAGCCAAAGCCAAAGCCAAAACUCUCUCUCUCUCUCUCUCUCUCUUGGCAGAAACAUAUUUGAGUUAAAUUAAUGGACUAUUCAAACUCGAGCCGUAUAAAACGGAAAUCACUAAGCCCACACUGAUCACUCGCUUAAUAGUAACACACUGCCUGACACUCACCUCUCACCUCCUUCACGCCUCUGUUUCUCACUCCCUUCACGCCUCUGUUUCCUCAUAUAUUUCCAGCUUUUCAAAACCUUUUAACUGUUAGGGUUCUGAUUCCUUCUUCACCCGCUUUUUCAUUUCAAUACCAGACAACCUCCUCCAUUACCUUAGCAAUGCUCUAUCAAAUCUCCAAGAGACCCUGAAAAAAAACCCAUUUUUCAGAACCAAUCAACAAUGGGUGAAACCCAUUUUACAGUAUCAAUGUUUCUGUUCAUUGGGGUGAGCUUUUCCUGUGUUUUAAUGGCGGAAUCUGGCAUUGGAUUCAAUUGGGGGACUCUCUCUACUCAUAGACUUCCUCCCUAUGUUGUGGUGAACCUUUUGAAGGUUAAUAGGAUUCAAAAAGUGAAGCUUUUUGAUGCUGAUUCCUAUGUUUUACAGGGUUUAAUGGGCAGUGGGAUUGAGGUAAUGGUGGGUAUUCCAAAUGAGUUAUUGCAGGUUUUGGCUUCUUCACCAACUGCUGCUGAUUCAUGGGUUCAUGACAGUGUUGUUCGCUAUGCUGUUAGAGGUGGAGUUGAUAUCAGGUACGUUGCCGUUGGAAAUGAGCCUUUCCUCACUAGUUACCAAGGCCAAUUCCAGUCUUAUGUCCUCCCCGCUGUUGUCAACAUACAACAAUCCUUAACAAAAGCGAACCUUGCUGGCAUUGUAAAACCUGUAGUCCCAUGCAAUGCAGAUGCAUAUGAAGCUUCCUUGCCCUCACAAGGAACCUUUCGACCUGAGUUAACUGACAUCAUGACCCAACUUGUCUCUGUCCUUAAUAAAGCAGGCUCCCCCUUUGUAGUUAACAUUUACCCAUUUCUUAGCCUCUAUCAAAGCUCUGAUUUUCCACAGGACUAUGCUUUCUUUGGAGGAUCUUCUCACCCUUUGGUAGAUGGCCCAAACGUAUACUAUAAUGCGUUUGAUGGAAAUCACGACACAUUAGCUGCAGCUCUAAGCAAGAUCGGGUUUGGGCAGAUGCCAAUUGUUAUAGGAGAGGUGGGCUGGCCAACCGAUGGGGCAUUGAGUGCUAAUAUCAGUGCUGCUCGAGCCUUCAAUCAAGGUCUCAUAGACCAUGUCUUGAGUAACAAAGGGACCCCGUUAAGGCCUGGAGUCCCACCUAUGGAUAUCUAUCUUUUCAGUCUUUUGGAUGAAGGGCAAAAGAAUAUAAUGCCUGGCAAUUUUGAGAGGCAUUGGGGUGUUUUCUCCUUCGAUGGACAGGCUAAGUACCCUUUAAACCUCGGCUUGGGUUAUAAAACUCUGAGAAAUGCUGAUGAUGUUCAGUAUUUGCCUUCUCGAUGGUGUGUGGCUGACCCCACUAGGGAUUUGGCCUUGGUUUCAGACCACAUAAAGCUAGCUUGCAGUGUUGCAGAUUGUACGACUUUGUUAUACGGGGGUUCUUGUAACUCAAUUGGGGUGGCAGGAAAUGUAUCUUAUGCUUUCAAUAGUUAUUAUCAGGUGAAGAAACAGGAUGCUCGAACCUGUGAGUUUGAUGGGUUGGGAAUGAUUACUUUUCUAGAUCCAAGCAUUGGAGACUGCAGGUUUCUGGUUGGAAUUAAUGAUUUUUCAGGGUAUGGCUUUAGGAGUCAGUGGAAUGGAUGGAUUGUGUCGUUGGUUAUUGUAUUUCUAGGUUUUUGGGGUGCUCUGUAAUGUGUAGGGAUGGGGUUUUGCAUAUGGUAAAUAUAGAGUUUAGGACACAGUAGACACAGAGAGUGUUAUACACAAGUUCCAGAGUUUGUAUAAUGGAUGAUAGUCUUGUGGGUGGUUGUAUUUCUCGGGUUUUGAGGUGUUGUGUGAUGUGCUAAAUAGUGGGGUUUGCAUAUGGUUGGCAUAAAGAGUUUUGAUAUAGUAGACAGAGAGUCUUAUAGUCAGUGUAAUAUAUGGUGGUCUUAAAUAGGGAAGUGGGUUUAAGUAUGCAUCAGAUAGUCAUUUAGACAGUCAAUGAGCUUAUUAUUAAGUAUAGAAUGUGAACUUAAUAUUCAGAAA